AUGUACACCAAUUACGGUUCAGUUUUCGGGAUAAACGUUGACAAGAGUCAGAUUCCAUCGCCGCCCUCGGCGUCGUCCAUGCUGCCGGUGAUGACCAGCGUUACGCCAACAACCGGCUCGGUCGCAGCUUCGCUGUUUCCUCCAUAUCCGUCGUCAGCGAUCGCACGUGCCGAGUUGAUCCGGGCCGGGGGUCUGUCACUGUUUCCGUUGUUUCCCCGACCCCAGUUUUUCAGCCCGACCAACAGCUUCUCGCUGGCCAACGUUUGGGCGCUGGAUGAACUGAACAAAGACUUGUCGAACCACCUGCAGAAGAGCCUGUACAGCCGUGCGAUCAGCGACGUUCCGGAAGCGGAUGCUCCAAGCAAGCUCGUAGACGAAGGUCUCCCUUCAACCGUUCAACGGCUCAACAACGUCUCGUUGGCAGGUGCUUUCUCUACAGUACGUUCAGCGACGGCAAAGAGCUGGUCGUUGAAAUACAGCGCCAGCGCCAGCGCCAGCGCCAAGCCAACGCCAAGCCAAACCGGGGCGGCUGCCGUGACGCUGACCUGUCUUCCUUGA